AUGGAAGAAGAAGCAGAAAACUUUGUAGCCAAGUGCGAUAAAUGUCAACGAUAUGCCAAUAACAUGCAUCGCCCAGCAGAAUUGUUACAUUCAGUUAUCUCGCCAUGGCCUUUCAUGAAGUGGGGCAUGGAUAUCAUAGGUCCAUUACCUCAAGCCAAAGGAAAGAAGCAGGAGCUUUCAAAUAGGUGCGAGAAAAAGAAGUCAGGAACUUUAUUUGGGCAAAAUAUUAUCCAUAGUUUUGGAGUUCCAAAGGAAAUCAUGUGUGACAAUUGCCCGCAAUUCAUAGGCACGAAAAUCACAGAAUUCUUUCAGAGUUGGCAGAUUAAACGGAUUACAUUCCCGCCUUACCAUCCCGUAGCUAAUGAGCAAGCUGAGUCAACAAACAAAGUUAAUAUUAAUAGCUUGAAGAAAAGAUUAGAGAGGUUAAAGGGCAAUUGGCCAGAAGUGUUAGUGGGAGUAUUGUGGGCUUAUCAAACAAUAACAGAACAAGUACGGGCGAGACUCCAUUUUCACUCCUCUAUGGCACUAAAGCCCUAA